AUGGCCAAAGAAGCCACAAAAGAAUUUGAGAUUCCACCACAAAAAGAGAGUAAAGAAAAACAAAAUUCUUCAAAUACAGGUUACACUACAUUAUUAACAGUAACGAUUUUAGGAUUAGCAUGGAUUGUUGGAUUUUCAACACGUUUAUUUGCUGUUGUUCGUUUUGAAUCCAUUAUUCACGAAUUCGAUCCAUGGUUUAAUUAUCGUUCUACAAAGUAUAUGGUUGAAAAUGGAUUCUAUAAUUUUUAUAAUUGGUUUGAUAAAACUGCUUGGUAUCCACUAGGUAGAAUUGUUGGUGGAACUGUAUUUCCAGGUCUCAUGAUAACCUCUGGAGCUAUACAUUAUAUAUUUACACUAUUAAAUUUUCCAAUUCAUAUUAGAGAAAUUUGUGUAUUCUUAGCACCACUUUUUUCUGGAUUAACAUCUAUUGCAACAUAUUUUCUUACAAAAGAAUUAUGGUCUCCAGGUGCUGGUUUAUUUGCUGCUUGUUUCAUUGCAAUUGCUCCUGGAUAUACAUCUCGUUCUGUUGCUGGAUCUUAUGAUAAUGAAGGAAUUGCCAUUUUUGCAUUACAGUUUACAUAUUUUUUGUGGAUUCGUUCAAUGAAAAAAGGAUCAAUGUUUUGGGGAAUUUUAUGUGCCAUAUCUUAUUAUUAUAUGGUUUCUGCUUGGGGUGGUUAUGUUUUUAUUACAAAUCUUAUUCCUUUACAUGUUCUUGCGUGUAUUAUUACCGGAAGAUAUUCAAGAAGAAUUUAUGUUGCUUAUACAACAUGGUACUGUAUUGGUCAAUUGAUGGCAAUGCAAAUACCAUUUGUUGGAUUUCAACCAGUUAAGUCAUCUGAACAUAUGGCAGCUUUUGGUGUUUUUGGAUUAUUACAACUUGUUGCUGCUGUUAAAUUUUUAGAAAACAGAGUUACCAGAAAACAAUUCUUUGUACUACUUAUUAGUUUUCUAGGAUCCGCAUUUGUUAUUGGAUUAGCAUUUAUUGUUCUUCUUACUUAUUCUGGAUAUAUUGCACCAUGGACUGGAAGAUUUUAUUCAUUAUGGGAUACUGGAUAUGCAAAAAUACACAUUCCUAUCAUAGCUUCUGUAUCAGAACAUCAACCUACAACGUGGAUAUCAUUCUUUUUUGAUCUUCAUGUUGCUGCUGCUGUUUUUCCAGUUGGGUUAUGGUAUUGUAUAAAAAAUGUUAAUGAUGAAAGAUUAUUUAUUAUUCUUUAUGCUUUAACAGCUGUAUAUUUUGCUGGUGUUAUGAUUCGUCUUAUGCUUACAUUAACACCUUGUGUUUGUGUACUUGCUGGUAUUGGAUUUUCACAUACAAUGGAAAAUUUUUUGAAAGAAGUCAAAGAAAAUGAUGAUGAAAAGAAAAAUAAAAAAAGUACUGAAGAAAAAAAGACAUAUGAUAAAGUAACUAAAGAUCCAAAGAAAACUGUUGAAAAAAGUAAAGAAAAAUUAGGAGAAUUUAUUGAAGUUGGUAUGAAUAUGAGAUCAAUUGUAUCUAUUUCUAUGAUUCUUCUUUUGGUGUUGUAUGUUGUACAUUGUACAUGGGUUACAUCUAAUGCUUAUUCACAUCCUUCUGUAGUUCUUCAAUCUCAUAGUCAAAGUGGUGCUCGAAAUGAUAUGGAUGAUUUUAGGGAGGCUUACUACUGGUUAAGACAAAAUACAGCUGAAGAUGCAAAUAUUAUGUCAUGGUGGGAUUAUGGUUAUCAAAUUGCUGGUUUUAGUGCAAAAUCUACACUUGUAGAUAAUAAUACAUGGAAUAAUUCUCACAUUGCAAUGGUGGGUAUGGCAUUCAGUUCUAAUGAAAGUUUUGCAUAUGACAUUAUGACAGAAUUGGAUGUUGAUUAUGUAUUAGUAAUUUUUGGUGGAAUGGUUGGUUAUUCUGGUGAUGAUAUUAAUAAAUUUUUGUGGAUGGUUAGAAUUGCCCAAGGAGAACAUCCAUCUAUAAUUCAAGAAAAAGAUUAUUUUACUGAACGUGGUGAAUAUUCUGUUGGCCCAGAUGCUUCUGAAACAAUGAAAAAUUCAUUGAUGUACAGGCUUUCAUAUUAUAGAUUUGGGCAAAUUAAAUUUAACUAUAAUUCACCUGGAGGUUUUGAUCGUACUCGUGGUUAUCAAAUAGGUCUUACAGAUUAUGAUCUUGAAUAUUUAGAAGAAGCUUUUACAUCCGAAAAUUGGUUAGUAAGAAUAUAUAAAGUUAAAAAACCAAAAAAUAAAGAUCGGGUAAAGUAUUCUGAAAUGAAAAUGAAAUUUAAACCACGUAUUUCAACAACCAACAACAAACCCGGUAUCUUAAGCAACAAGAAAGAUGUUGUUAAAGGUAUGCGUGUAUAA